AUGAUCAAGUCAUUUGCCUCUUUUGCUGCACUUGCGGCCACUGUCACCAUUCAUUGGGCCUUUGCUGACGUAAGUCAAGUUCAUCUCGGUGUGUCCAGCCCCGCAGUCAACUGUGCCAAUGGCGUUGCCGUCUCCUUUGCUACGGAUGUAGCCAAGCAGUAUGUAGUCACUGCUACAGCUGACGGUGUUACUGUCAGUGCCGAUAGCACAUUUGUAAGCUACUCAGUUUCGGAGCCUGAGUAUAACUACACUUACUCGUCUCCGUUCCUGCAUACAGCACUAUUGUGUAAUCUUGCAGAGAUGACCAAGUAUUCGUACACGAUUGGUAACUCGGAGUUUACUGGAUGCUUUAUGUCGCUGCUACACCCUGGUUCAGACACAGAGGAGACGAUCCUUGGUGUGAUUGGAGACCCUGGUGAUACACCUUCUUCCGAGACGACGUUUGAUCAACUGGCCAAGAAGUUUGAAGGCAAGCAUAUUCAAGCUCUUGUGAUUGCUGGAGACUACUCGUAUGCUAAUGGACAGCACUUGCAAUGGGACAAUUGGUUUACAGAACAACAAGACUUGAUGUCGGUCUAUCCUAUGUUGGGUAUCAAUGGCAAUCACGAGACCAUCACAUCUGCGGGCCACUUGAACAUCUAUCCGUACAAAGAAGACAUACAACUUGAGGCUGAGAAAUACCUGGGCUACAUUAAACGCGUGUACUCACCGAUCACGGAGGAAGCGAAGGCUGCGCUGCACACUUGGUAUUCGGUGGACAUUGGUCUCAUUCAUUGUGUGUUCCUAGACGACUACACCGGAUCAAACGGUAUUGACGCGGCGGUUGUUGGCACGAAAGAGUGGCUAGCAGACCGCAAUAUGCAACUCGAAUGGGUCAAGUCCGACCUGGAGAGUGUAAACCGCGGCGUCACUCCAUGGGUGGUUGUGUUUAAGCACAACCCGUAUUACAACACAUGGAGCAACCAUCAAUGCCAAUGCUCUUCUACCAUCUUUGAAAUCGACGAUGCCAACGUUGAGAAAUGCUGGAAUGGCACUUACAACGUUGGCGAUGGGUACCUCGAGCCACAGUGUGGUCUAAUGGCCAAAUUUGAGAAAGUGUUCUCGGCGUAUGGCGUGAACGCCAUGAUCACAGGUCACGUCCACGCGUACGAGCGCACUGCCAAGAUUUUUAAAAACAAGGAGGACGCUUCAAACGGUAUCUAUCAUGUGACCAUGGGUUCAGGCGGUAACUACGAAGGUCUCGCUGGUCCACGUAUUUCGUCAUCACUGAUCCCGAGCUGGUCGCUUUGUUCCAACAAUGUCUCAUUUGGCGGUUCCCGUAUUAUCGCCACUCGCGAGUCUUUCCGCUUCCUCUGGUUUGCCAACGAUAACGGCAUUCAGGAUGCCGUACCAACCGACGGAUUUACCAUUUUCGCCAACAAGCCAGAUAUCACAACGUGGCCGCAGACCACGUCUUGCAGCAAUCGAAGUCAGACACCAUGA